AUGGACGGUGUGUUUGCAGUUUACAAGCCUUCGGGCGCCACAUCCGCCCAGUUCAUUGGCGAAAUCCAGAAAUUGUUCACAGCAUCUGACGUCUUCAGCGAAGACUUAAACAAGGCCAAAGAAAAGGCCAGAUACGAUCUCAGCUCCAACAAGACCUGGUCCAAGCAGAAGGUGGAAAAGAAGGUACGUGACCUUAAAGUCAAGAUUGGCCAUGGAGGCACGUUAGACCCGUUGGCUAGUGGAGUCUUGGUCAUCGGAGUAGGGUUGGGAACAAAGAAGUUACAACAUUACUUGACUGAAUGUCGCAAGCAGUAUCGAACCAAAGCGUUGUUGGGGAUUUCCACCACCACCGGAGACUCGGAGGGCGAGAUUAUCACCCAGAACAAGAUCGACCAUGUCACCAAGCAAAUGAUUACGGAAACUGGGCCCAAAUUCGUGGGCAACUUGAAACAAACUCCCCCCAUCUUCUCAGCACUCAAGAUCAAUGGAUUGCCCUUCUACGAGUAUGCCAGAAAGGGGAUUCCCUUGCCUGCUCCCAUCAAGACUAGAGAGAUCCAGGUGCACGGCUUGGAAAUACACGAGGAAGACUCGUUGAAGGUCGACCACGAGUUCAACAGAUUACAGAGCCAGUUGGACGAGGACGGCAAGCCAAAGGAACACGGCUUGGCCAACAACCCCACUUUGAAUGACUCGCCCUUGUAUUUCUCCAGCCAGUACCUCGAAAAAGCUGAAAAAGAAGGCCUCUCCACCGAAGUCUCUAAGCCCAAGCUUUUGGACGAAGGCGAGAUCUUGCCUGAAAAAUUGCCCAUGAUCCACUUCACGGCUGACGUUUCUUCUGGUACUUACAUCAGAAGCUUGGUGAGUGACUUUGGAAGAGCGCUCGAGUCUUCUGCCUAUAUGGUGGAACUUAUUAGAACUGCACAGUCCGAUUGGAAAUUGGGCAAAAACGUGUUCACCAUCGAGGACUUCAAGAACAGAGAUGAGCGGAUAUGGGGUCCUGUUUUGAAGAAGGUAUUGGAGCAGGGAAGUGAUGUCGAUGUGGAAGAGGAGUUGAAUUCUUUCUCAGAGAAGAUCUUGCCUUUAAUAGAGAAGGAACAGGAAGUGUUGGCCCAAAAGGCCAAGCAAGAGCAAGAAGCUGAAAAUGCCGAAAAGCCAGAAGUUACCGAAAGUGACGAGCAACCCCAGAAGGCUGCUGAAACGACUGAUGAAUCAGCCGUUCCAAAAAAGAGACACAUCGACGAGGUGGAAAACUAA